AUGUCUUCAAAUCAGAUAUCGGGAGAAGACCGUAAUAAUGCCAUCAUCAUUCAAAGGCUACGGGCAGAAAAUGAAACCUAUCAGAGAAAUUUUGACAAUUUAAAACGAGAGUAUUUGGAUUUAUAUAAUCAAAACAAUGAGCAACAUUUGAGGUGGAAAACACAACUUGAGAAAAAGUCCAAAGAGUUUGAAUCGCUACGGAAUCAGUUUGACAGGGAUACACAAGAAUUGCAACAAUUGAAAAUGAAAUUAAUGGAAGAAUUGGAAUUACGACAACGACUCGAAAGAGAAAUUGAUGAGAAUGACAAAUUCAGAGAAAUGUACUCUGAAUUGCGGCGUGAAUAUGAAAUGGUCAAGAAUGAACUCACUCAAAAAUUGAAAAUGUCAGAGAAGCGAUAUGACGAGUUGAAAACAGAUUAUGAAGACAAAAUUCAAGAAUUGGUCAUGCAGCUCAAUGAUCAGACCAUACAAAUUAAAACUUCUAAAGAGGCUAUUCAAAUCAAGAAACUCGAAGAAGAAAAGGAAGAGUUCUCAAUUCACAUCCAAAAGCUGUUAAAAGAAUUGUCAGAUGUUCGAGAGGAGAAAGCUCAAGCCGUUGCAGCCAAAGAACAAGCAAAUUUGAUGAAUACUCAACGAUACUCUGAAUUGCUUUCAAAAUGUCGUAAUUUCGAAACUCAAAACGACAGGCUCCAAAAGAAGUGUGAGCGUUUGCAAUCUGAGCUGGAAGAAGUGACACGAAACAAUGAUCGAAUGCAUGAUCAGAUUUUAAAGCUCGAAAAGGAUUUAACAACGGCAAAGAGUAAGCUCGAAGAGACAGAAAAACAAUUCGCCCAAGAGCGUAAUAGUAUGAAAGCGAACCAAAUUCAAAGAGAACGAGAAUAUGAGAGGGAUAGAAAUGUUUGGGCCAACAAAUUAAGUGAGGCCAAUAAGAGAAUUGAAGAUUUGCAACAAACCAAACAAGAUCUCAUCAAUCAAUCCUACGACAUUCAUAUCAAGGAAAAUGAGCGCCUUCAUGAAGCUCUUCGAAAAGAAACUGAAAAGUACUUGCAACUGGAAGUAGAGAAGAAUGAACUGAAACAAGAAUUGAUGGCAAAAGAGAAAAAAUCACAGCAAGAUUUGCAAGAAGCUGGUUACGAAAUCACACGGCUACGAAAAGAAUUUGAAGCUUGUAAAGCGGAAACCCAGUCGUUUAAGGACGAACGUGACUAUCAAACUGAUAAGAACGCUCAUUUACUCAAAGUAGUAGCCGACUUGAAAUUGGAUAUGGACUCUUUGAAACAAAAGUACCAAGACUCUUCACUGAGAAUUGAAAAAUUAUCCAAAGAUUAUUCUUCUGCAAAAGAUAUUGCAAAGAAAUAUGCUUCGAAAUGUUCCAAAAUUAAGGAAGCUUACAGGUCUAAAAUUUAUUCUCUUCAAAAACAAAUUGAAGAAUUGAAUGACCAAUUGCUACAAUCAGAAGCCUCUCUCACGAAUAUGCAACAAAACUUUAUUUCAGAACGACAACAAUUACAACGAAAAUGUUUUGAUUUGGAGAGGGAACGAGAUCGAUUCAAAAUUCUAAGCUCGCAAGUAGUAGAGAAUGUUCUGUAA